AUUCAAUCAAUUUUCUUCGAAUGGACUUGACAUGUUUUUCUUUUUCGCUGACGCGUAUUUACUGAAGUUUUAAAUAACAAUUCAAAUUAUUUGUUCAAAUUCAGAUAGUAAUACACUGUAACUUUGGACAUGCUUUGUUUCGUAGGUUAAAAGCUCUACUAAAAUUAAUGUAAAUUUUUGCGUGCGUUGUAAUUUCAAAAACUUGACCAAGUCGGAAUUUGUAAACAAAGAAAUUAAAAAUGUGGUCGCACUUGGAACGUGGAAGUUCCCCAGUGGAUUGGUGUGAAUCAAACUAUUCUAUUUCUCCCAUGGUCGCGGAGUUCGUAAAUACUGUCAGCAACGUGUUGUUCUUUCUGUUCCCACCUAUUCUGAUUCAUCUCUUUCAAGAGUAUUCCAAGUUUGUAAAUCCUGGCAUCAAUGUACUCUGGGUGCUCUUGAUGAUUGUGGGGCUCAGUUCAGCUUACUUCCAUGCAACAUUGAGCCUUGUGGGGCAGCUUCUGGAUGAGCUUGCAAUCCUUUGGGUAUUCAUGGCAGCUUUUGCGAUGUUUUUACCUCGGAGAUAUUUUCCAAAAUUUUUGGGAGGAAAUAGGAGAGUGUUGGGAUUUUAUUCGAGCGUUUUCUCCGUGUUUUCCACCGGCUUCCUCGUCAUGCAUCCUGCCGCCAACGCGUUCGCUCUAAUGACUUUAUCGUUGCCUGCUAUUGGAUUUCUUUACAUAGAGCUGCAUAGAGUAAAGUGUGCCCGGGUUUAUCGUCUGGGGCUUCGCUGCGUCGCCGUCAGCUGUCUCGCGGUAUUCUGCUGGAUAAUGGAUCGCUUGUUCUGUGACGCGUGGCUGUCAAUCAAUUUCCCGUACAUGCACGGCGUAUGGCACAUCCUCAUCUUCAUAGCAAGUUACACUGCCUUGGUCCUUUUCGCUUACUUUAAUGUAUUGGAAGAAAGACCAGAGCAAAAACCCCAGCUUAGAUAUUGGCCCAAAAACGACUUCGAAUUAGGCGUGCCAUAUAUCACGAUCAAACACCCGUGUAAAGGAGACAAAAAUAUCGCAAUCUAACAAUUUAAAUACUGAUAUUUUUGCCGCAUUUUUUAAAAAUGUUUUGAAUGUUAUGAGAAUACUAUUAGGAUGGAUACAAUUGUAUGUACGCAUAUUAAAUUUAUAUAAAUUGUAAUGUAAAUAUUUUUAAAUCUAUUGUGACAAAUAUUUAUUAUAAGCAGAUUUUAUUUUAACAUAGCAAUGUGUUAAUUCAGUGAAACAUUUAAUUAUUAUCAAUUAAAAUCUAUUGUGAUGCAGCAUCAAAAGUUAUAAAAGAUUAUAGUAAGUACUAUUAUUCUAGUGCCAAUCUGUGAUGUAGGUAUAGUAUUUAAUUUUCUUUUUUACAAGUUUGUAUUAUUCUUAUUUAUGGCUUUUAUGGCAACCAUUUAUUUUUUCUUAAUAUUUCUAUUUACUCUUUUUCUAGCUUUUAGGAAGCUGUAUAGAUUUAUUUUGAAUAAAAACAUUAUUGUGUGAUACUAAGAUUUGUAUGAUGUAGUUAUAAGAAUUACUUAUAAUUUUUAGAAUCAUUUAUAGGUAUAGGCUACCUAAUCAAAAAUUCAGUCUUGGAACCUAUUUAUUGUCAUGACAUGCAAACAAAAAAAGUUUGUGCACAAGUACUCAAUGUACUCAGACUCAGAUAUUCCUAUCACAAACAAAUAAAUUAUAUGUGCUAAGAAUUUUUAA